AUGAUGUCUGCCUCCGACGCCUCGCCAUCCAGCUCGGGUCCCUCCUCGCUGACCACCCACCCGGGCCGACAGGACGAGACCGAGUUCGAGCUGGUGACGGGGGUGGGCCGCCCCGGCCUGCUGAAGUGGGCCGACAGCUGGACUGAGACCGUCAGCGUGCUGCCCUCGGACACGCUGGAGCGCCUGUUCGCGGUCACCAACGCGCGGCCCCAGUGCUUGGCCGAGGUGCGGGUGGCGCCGUCGGUCGAGACCCGGCGGCUCAAGCUGCACACCAGGCUACCUCACCCGCGGCCCGACGCUACGUUGGCCGAGAACGGCCUCAAACAGGGCCAUGUUAUGAUGAUGGCGUGGCAAGUCAGCAUUGGCCGGCUGGGUCCCUUCAGUAAAGCAGCAGGCCGAAGAGAAGCGAAGGACCUUGCAGCACCACACUACUACGUGCACGUGAUGGCGACCUCCUGCCCGACGAAGCUCUCCACCCACCCGAACCUGCAGGAUGAGAGCUCAUUUGAGCUGAUGUUGGGGGUGGGUCAACCGGGCAUGCUGCGAUGGGCGGACAGGUGGACGGCCACCAUCGACGUGCUGCCGACGGACACGCUGGGCCAUCUCGCAAAUGUCCUGAAUGACAAUGAAAUCUCGUCCCCGUUCUUUGGCGAUGUGCGCGUGGCGCCGUCGGUCGACACCACGCUCAUGUGGUCGCACUCCAAGCUGCCGCACCCGCGGCCCGACGCCACGUUGGCCGAGAACGGCCUCAAGAAAGGCAACAUCCCGACGCGCUCCUCUUCCCUCUUGAUCGCGCAGCAGCCCCGGCUGCUCGCUUCAUCUGCAUUUCCGGCAUCGGUCCGAUUCACAUCGCGGCGAGGAUACUCUGCGCAGGCAGCUCCGCAGGACUUCUCCGAGGAGGAGAAAGAGAUCGCCAAGCUGAGGCAGCAGGGCGCUAAAUCGCCAGCAGCCCAGUCGUCCGUAAAUCAGAGGCGAAUUGAAGAAUUGUUUAAUUCCGCCAAUGGAUACGUAAGCGAGGAGAAAUGGACGCAGGCAGAGGACAAGCUCAGCACCAUCCUCGAUCUCCAGUCGUCUGCGAAGGCUGACGAUACCCUGCUCGGCCGUGUGCUGAUUAAUCUCGCAUUCGUGGAGCAAAACAUCGGCAAGCGUGAGAAGGCGGAGAAGCACUACGAGGAGGGCAUCGCGGCCCUCAAGAAGACGCUCGGCGAGGAUCACCACGAGGUCGCUCGCGGCCUUCUCAACUACGCCGAAGUGCUGGCCUUUUUGAGCAAGGUGGAGCAGGCUGAGGCCGUUAGCAGGCAGGCCAUUCCCAUCUUCGAGAAGAACUAUGGCCCCAAGAGCGAGCUCGUCGGCGCUUUGCUGAGCAAUCUUGGAGGCUACCUGUGCGCGCAGAAGAAGCUCGAAGAGGCCGAGCCCGUGCUCAAGCGAGCUCUGGAGGUGCUCGAUAGUGCCCUCGGCUGUGACAACGAGUACACCUCGGCCUGCCUGGGCAACUACGCCCGCCUGCUGAAGGACUUGGACCGCAACGACCAGCUCAACGAGCUCAAGGCCAAGUACUCCUCCAACGCCGCCACAUUCACGGCCACCGAGGCACUGGAGAAGGACGUAAACGAUCCCGAGAUGAAGGCCAUGGUGGAUCAGUUCAAGGGACUCGCUGACUCGCGGGCUUUCAACCCAGAGGGCCUCUUCAAGCCCGACGCCUUCCACAAGGACGAACUCAAGAAGUUCAUCACCCAGUGGGAGAGCAAGCACAAGGAGAAGCUCGAUCCUGCACUGAUCCCCGCCGUGUUGGAGGAGCUGGAGGCCAUGCCACGAGAGGAAAUCGACAAGAUGUGCGCCGACGCUCUCAAGGAGCUGGCCGAGUCCAAGCGAGGAGGACCUGCGGUCGAUCCGUCGAGGCUCAACGCCAUCGCGGAUGAGAUCGACGACGAGGCCCUGGCUGAAGAGGAGGGAGAUGAAGGCGAUGAUAGCAGCAGCAGUGACAGCGACGAUGAGGAGGGGGAGGAUGAGGACGACGAGAUUAUGGAGAGGCUGGACCAGGGCGACGAGGACGAGGGUGACCUGUGGAGGGCGACCGAGGCCCACGAGCGGGAGGCGGCCAAGAACAUCGAAAUCGACAUGAGCCACAUCGAGCUCACCGACGACAAGAAGCAGCAAUGA